UGUAUUUAGGGUUGUUCUUUGGUGGUAGGGUAUGGUCAUUUGUAUUGCUCUAGGCACACAAUGGGGCUGAUUUACAAAAACUGGAACCUUCAUUCACUACAUCCGGUCUCCCAGGAUCCUUCAUUCACUACAUCCGGUCUCCCAGGAUCCUUCAUUCACUAUAUCUGGUCUCCCCGGACCCUGCAUUCACUAUAUCUGGUCUCCCCGGACCCUGCAUUCACUAUACCUGCUCUCCCCAGACCCUGCAUUCACUAUAUCCAGUCUCCCCAGACCCCGCAUUCACUAUAUCUGGUCUCCCUGGACCCUGCAUUCACUAUAUCCGGUCUCCCCAGACCCUGCAUUCACUAUAUCUGCUCUCCCCGGACCCUGUAUUCAUUAUAUCCAGUCUCCCCGGACCCUGCAUUCACUAUAUCUGCUCUCCCCGGACCCUGCAUUCACUACAUCCGGUCUCCCCGGACCCUGCAUUCACUAUAUCCGGUCUCCCCGUACCCUGCAUUCACUAUAUCUGGACUCCCCGGACCAUGCAUUCACUAUAUCCGCUCUCCCCGGACCCUGCAUUCACUCUAUCUUGUCUCCCCGGACCCUGCAUUCACUAUACCUGCUCUCCCCGGACCCUGC